AUGUGUGGCUCACAUCAUAUAUCACAAACAGUGCCCCAAGAGUCACCACAUUACCAACCAACUAGAGAACAAUUAUUUGACUUUGCAAGGAAUUAUCGUUCCCCGACCGUGCCGGAAUCAGUUAUAGAUAUUUAUUAUGGACAGCCGAUGUCCAUUAUGCAAAAUCUCAAUACUAGAGAGGGGAUAGUUAAAAACAAACGCUGUUGGGUAAAAGAAAAAAUCGGAAGUAAUAUUGUAGUUGAAUUCGAAGACGGGAAAGAAUGGACAUUGCCUAAAACUCUUUUUAACAUCAAAUCGAAUCAAAUGGUUUUUGAUCGUUUGCAGAUUCCUUUGAAACCAUUAUACGCAGGAACGAUCCACAAGUCACAAGGUAUGACUUUGAAAAGGGUUGUAAUUGACCUGCGAUCUCCACACUGGGAGCAUGGACAACUUUAUGUGGCCUUAUCCAGGGUGCGAGAUCCUAGAAGAAGAUGA